AUGACAGAGAGGGCAGUGUGAGCCAACAUGGAGGUGAAGACAUCACUCCUGGACAACAUGAUCGGGGUUGGGGACAUGGUCCUCCUCGAGCCCCUGUCUGAAGACUCCUUCAUAGAGAACCUGAAGAAACGCUUCGACCACAGUGAGAUCUACACAUACAUCGGCAGUGUGGUGAUCUCCAUAAACCCGUACAGGUCUCUGUCCAUCUUCACACCCGACAAAGUGGAGGAGUACAGGAACAGGAACUUCUAUGAGCUCAGUCCACACAUAUAUGCCUUAGCAGAUGAAGCCUACCGAUCGCUACGAGACCAAGACAAGGACCAAUGCAUUCUUAUCACGGGAGAGAGUGGUGCAGGGAAAACGGAGGCCAGUAAGCUGGUGAUGUCAUAUGUGGCUGCAGUGUGUGGGAAGGGCCAAGAGGUCAACAAGGUCAAAGAACAGCUGCUCCAGUCCAAUCCAGUUCUAGAGGCAUUUGGAAAUGCUAAAACUGUGAGGAACGACAACUCUUCCAGAUUUGGGAAGUACAUGGACAUUGAGUUUGACUUCAAAGGAGAUCCUCUGGGUGGCAUCAUCAGUAACUAUUUGCUGGAGAAGUCUCGUGUUGUAAAGCAGCCAAGAGGAGAGAGGAACUUCCACAUUUUCUACCAACUUCUGUCUGGAGCCUCUGACGACAAUCUCAAGAAACUGAAGUUGGAGAGAGACUUCAAUAAAUACAACUAUCUGAGCCUGGACUCUGCAGUGGUCAAUGGGCUGGACGACGCAGCCAACUUCAGGACUGUCAGAAAUGCCAUGCAGAUUGUGGGUUUCAUGGAGGAUGAGAUGCAGUCUGUUUUGGAGCUGGUAGCUGCAGUUUUGAAACUGGGAAAUAUUGAGUUCAAACCAGAGUCUCGCUGCAACGGCACAGACGAGAGCCGUAUCAAGGACAAAAAUGAUUUGAAGGAGAUGUGUGAGCUGCUGGGGAUCGAGCAGUCUGUUCUGGAGAGAGCCUUCAGUUACCGCACAGUGGAGGCCAAGAUGGAGAAAGUGUCCACUACUUUGAACGUGGCUCAGGCUUAUUAUGCCCGCGAUGCCCUUGCCAAAAACCUGUACAGCCGCCUGUUUAGCUGGUUAGUCACAAGGAUCAAUGAAAGCAUCAAAGCACAGGCCAAAACCAGGCACAAAGUAAUGGGUGUGCUUGACAUCUAUGGCUUUGAGAUAUUUGAGGACAACAGCUUUGAACAGUUCAUCAUAAACUACUGCAACGAGAAACUGCAGCAGAUCUUCAUCGAGCUCACACUGAGAGAGGAGCAGGAGGAGUAUGUCAGAGAGGGCAUUGAGUGGACCAACAUCGAAUACUUCAACAAUGCAAUUAUCUGCGACCUCAUUGAGAAUAACCAGAACGGGAUUUUGGCGAUGCUUGACGAAGAGUGCCUGCGUCCCGGGACAGUGACAGAUGACACGUUUUUGGACAAACUGAACACAGUCUGUUCAGAGCACCAGCACUUUGAGAGCCGCCUCAGCAAAAACUCCAAGUUCCUUACUGAUCACAGCCUGCCACACAAUUGCUUCAGGAUCCAACACUACGCUGGCAAGGUGCUGUACAGAGCUGAAGGCUUUGUAGACAAGAACAACGACCUGCUAUAUCGCGAUCUGUCCCAGGCCAUGUAUAAGGCCAACCACAGCCUGAUCAAACAGCUGUUUCCAGAGGGGAACCCAGCCAAAGUCAACCUGAAGAGGCCCCCCACUGCCGGGUUCCAGUUUAGGCAUUCAGUCGGGACGCUCAUGAAGAACCUACUGACCAAGAACCCCAACUACAUCAGGUGUAUCAAGCCCAAUGACAAAAAGGCAUCUCACAUUUUCACCGACUCUCUGGUGCGUCAUCAAGUACGUUACCUCGGUCUGAUGGAGAACGUGAGGGUAAGGAGGGCGGGCUAUGCUUUCAGACAGCCAUACGAACCCUGUCUGGAGAGGUACAAGAUGCUCUGUAAACGCACAUGGCCCCACUGGAGAGGACCCGCCAGGGAAGGCGUGGAGGUGUUAAUGACAGAUCUCCAAGUCAAUCCUGAAGAGUUUUCCUACGGCCGCUCUAAAAUCUUUAUUAGGAACCCCAGAACUCUUUUCUUUCUGGAGGAGCGGAGGAAGCUGUGCCUGGAGGACCUGGCCACACUCAUUCAGAAGAUCUACAGAGGAUGGAAGUGCCGCACACACUUCCUGCUUCUCAAACAGAGUCAGAUCACAGUGGCAGCCUGGUACCGCAGAUAUGCACAACAAAAGAAGUACAAGAGGAUUAAGAGUGCUACCAUAGUGGUUCAGUCCUACACCAGAGGAUGGCAGGCUCGCAAACUCCUGAGAGAGCUCAAGUAUCAAAAGAGGUGUCAAGAGGCAGUGACCACAAUUGCAGCAUACUGGCACGGGACACAGGCCCGGCGAGAGCUCCGUCAGCUGAAGGAGGAAACCAGGAAUAAGCAUGCCGUGUUGGUCAUAUGGGCCGGCUGGCAGGGCACCAAGGCACGUAGAGAGCUGAGGCGGCUGAAGGAGGAGGCCCGUCGUAGGCAUGCAGUUGCUGUCAUUUGGGCCUAUUGGCAGGGACUCCAGGUGCGCAGAGAGUACAGGAAAUUCUUCAGGGCAAAUGCAGGGAAGAAGAUCUAUAACUUUGUCCUCCAGCGAAUUAUUCAGAAGUAUUUCUUGGGCUUGCGGAGCUCCAUGCCCUCCAUGUCUCCCAUUGACCGCAGCUGGCCAAACAGACCCUACCUGUUCCUGGAUCAGACUCACACAGAGCUGCACCACAUUUUCCACCUCUGGAGGUGCAAGAAAUACAGGAAUCUGUUCACAGAGGAGAAGAGGGCAGUUUAUGAGGAGAAGCUGGAGGCCAGUGAGAUCUUCAAGGAUAAGAAAGCUCUGUAUCCAAGCAGUGUGAGCCAACCAUUUAAGGGUGACUACCUGGAAAUCACCAAGAAUCCCAAGUACCAGAAGCUGAACAAUGUGGUGGAGGAGAAAGUUCUAUUGGCCGAUGUGGUCAAUAAGAUUAACCGGGCCAAUGGGAAGGGCACAGCACGGAUCUUCCUCCUAACCAAGAAGAAUGUGGUUUUGGCUGAUCAGAAAACAGGACAGGUCAAAGCCAGCGUCCCCUUACCAGACGUGUCCAGUGUCUCUGUCAGCACACAGAGUGACGGCUUCUUUGCUCUCAAACUCAAAGAGGGUGCAGCAUCAGCUGUUAAAGGAGACUUUUUGCUAAGCAGUGAACACUUGAUUGAAAUCAUCACAAAACUUCACCGUAUUGGGUCCACAGCCUCAGACAUGGCGCAGCUCAAUAUUGACAUUUCUGACGAGUUUUUGGUGCAGUUCAAACAGGACAAAGUGUGCGUUAAAUUCAUUCAGGGAGCUCCAAAGAAUGGCAAUAGCGUGUCAUGUAAACGCAAAAAUAACAGACUUCUGGAGGUGUCUGUCCCGACUACAGCUGCUUAAAACGCCUCCUUGUCCCAUAGAUGGAGACCAUUACAAUCCAUACACACGCUUUAUAUUUUGGCCAACCUCCCUGUGCUCAAAGCCAAACAAGAACUUUAUAGCAGACUAGCUCUUUUUUCCCUUUGAGUCUCCUCUUAUCAGAUGGAACCGUUGUAGUUGUUGCCAUGUGCCACUAUGUGCAAAGGAAGCCCUGAUAUGAGGUUACAUGCCACUAAAUGUUGUCUUCACUGUAAAAAGGAAAGUUUAUAAUAGUUUAAAAUGACUUGACUUCUGAAUAUUAAUAUUUUUAAGUUUAAAUUUAAAAAAAAUUUCUAUUUCUACUAAUAAUAAUGAUACUACUUCAAUUAAAUCCAAACUUGUAUAGUGCUUUUUAUGGACACACAAAGGCGCUUUACAAGGACAGAAAGAAACAAACAAACUUAAUAUAUUAGUUGACAUAGAGCAUAACUAGUGUCUAAUAUAUUUCACUAGGUUAUGAAGAGAAGUAACCAUGGAAACAAGUGUAUUUUGUACAGUUAAAUUAUAAUGUGUUGUCAAACAUUAAACAGGUCAUAUGUUUAAAUAAAUCACAUUUACUUCCCUUAUGAAGGGAAUUUUUUGUCUAAUUAUUGAUCUAAUUUGUAUCAAAAGUUAUGUAAAUCAAAUAUUAUAAUCUGAAUUCAAGUAAUUUUGACUAAUGUAGCUAUUGCCUUUUGCAGUGUAGACAGCUUCAAAUGGGAAGUUGUAUAAAAAAAACAAAAAAACAUUCUAAUGUGAUGGGACACACUUCAGUGGACUAAUGCAACUUGGGUCUACUUGAGGCUACACUUGUUUCUCACUUUGAUUUAAUCAAAAAAGGCCGACAUGGGAAAAUUAUUGUAUGUUAUGUUUUCUUUAUAAAACACAGUGCAAAAUUACACUGGUGCUUCUCAAUGGCCCAACCAGUUUUUGUACCUGCUAUUUCUACAUAUGUGCUAUUGUGAAGUGUCAUUAGACUGUAUAGUGGAAUAUAUAAGAUACAUAGGCCACAUACUGUAGUUUAGUAAUAAAGGAUUUUGUCGCCAAGACUUUUCAAACAACUUCUUACGGCAGAUUUUUUAUGUUCUUGACACUACACAUAACAAACUUCCACUGUCUCAAUAAAGCCAAUAUUGAAACAUUUGCUAAUCACUGUAAAUCAUUUUUAUAAAAAGCUUUGUAAGAUGCUUAAAGGGAUGGUCUAGUAUUUUGUCAUAUUGGGUCUGUUGGGUAUACGCUUUGUACUCUCCAUGGGUUUCAGAGUGAUGGAAAAUUAUGAGUUUAAUUAUAAAAUUAUUAAAAAUUAUUAAAUUCAUCUGGUCUUCUCUUAAUGCAUUUUAAUUUUUUUUUUCAGACCAAGGUUUAGCUUCUUUUAAUACCUGACAGUUUCAACUGCUCACUAGGGUUCUUCCUCAGAGUGGUCAGCUGAUGCUGUCCAGUCAGCUGAUUUAAACAGGUUUUGGUGCUGUCUUCCUACCUGUGGAAGCAGGACAACAGUGCCAUCUGCAGUCUGACAUCUUCAGGACAGCAUCCCAGGUGUGAGAGAGUAAAGAACCCCCUCGUCCCGAUUGAAAGUCUCAUGUCAGGUAUGAAAACAUACUAAACCUCGAUCUAAAAAAUGUAUCAAAAUAUAAUAUUCUCUUUUCAACCUCAGAAAGUCAGCUUAAACCCACAACGUUAUUAUCAUGAAAGACAUAAAAACUAGCAUUUCUUGUGCUUUUAGCUACUUGUUACUAGCUUUACAUACAAUAAUGUAAUAUGACUUUUAGUUUUUCUAGUAAGCCUAUAAUAUCUGUAAAUUUUUUUUUUUUUUUCCUGUAUGUUCAUAUGCUUCUCCUGAUAUAAAUUCUACCAUAUAUUUUAACUAAAUUGAAUGGAAAAAGGUAACUGUACACAAAAACUUUAUGAACUUUGAACCAUGAACAUAAUUUAUCAUAAAUAUUUUUUCUAGUCAGUCCAUUACCCAGCGGGACUUUGCCUUUGUGACAUUGCUAAGAAAACUUACCCAAGCUAGACCCACAUUUUCAAAUACUAAAACUAUCUCCUGAAGUGGUUUAUUAUUGUGGGAAAGUUGACCAGAAUAGGCAAUGGUACUCCAAUUCUUCCAUCAUUAGCUUCUAAGUUUUGUACUAAAGACUUUGGAGCACAGUUAGGAACUUUUUCUCUGGCUAUUUCUGUUGUGCAAUAAAUAAGCUUUGAUCAUAUCUUUUAUAGCAUUUAAAGACAGUACUGAUCUUUAGCGCUCACUGUGCAUUUGCUGUACAUUGGCUGUAAUCCUGGCAUUGACAAAAAUGCUAGUUAUCUACCUUUUCAUAGCUGUGUUUGUGAAAUGAUUAAUAUUGCAGCUUGAAGGCAAGACCAUUUAGAUAAUUGGACAAAUCAUGAUAUUUUUGUGUACAAAUUAGCUUCAGCUUAGCUCAAACAAUGCAAACAACAAAUUAUGAUAUCAUUCAGGUGUAUUAACAAUAUUUUUGGUGAAACUGUGGUGUUUUUCAACUAAGGGUUUGCGUAACUUAGAAAAUAUGGGAUAUGAUGAAAUGUAAAUUUAAAAAAAAAACAUGCAAUUAGUGCAACUUACAAAUGUUGUAUUAUUAUUAUUUUUUUUUUUUUUUACAGUUUGUACCAACUUUGUUCUGUUGAGGAAUCAACAUAGCUAAAUUUGAUAUAAAGGGUUAAAUGUGUUUUGUUUUCAAAUCACUUUGAAAAAAAAUACUUGCAUUGAAUGCUAGUUAUUUGUACUAUGGCUCUGCACAGUUGUAUGCAUUUUUUUGCUAAGAAUCACAAUUUCCCUUUCAUAUUUCUUCCUGUGUAUUUGAGAAAGUGCUGCAGUUGCAAAGAUGAUGUCUGCAUUCUUGUGUGCCUAAUGUUAACCUGUGCUGAAGAUGGAUAUGGACUUGUUUCAUUAGAACUCAGUGUAACAUUUACAAGUAAUCUUUUUUAAAUUAAAUAUGUGAUAAAUAUAUUGGUGUGAA